CCUCCGGCCAGCGGGGCUGCAAGGAGUUGGGCAAGACCAUUCCCAGCAGCGCCAUGGCCAGCACCGGGGGAGCCUGGGCCAGGGAACGGGAGCUGCUGCCGAGCGGGGAGAUGGAGCUGGAGCCCCCCAGACCCCCACCGCUGCCAGGGAAAACUCAGAGGGCUAUCGUGCGUGCCCGCUGUGCCAGCCUGGACCUGGGACCCCCCGGACCACCCGCCCCCAUGACGGACAUCCCGGGGGGCCACCCGCCUCGGCCCCCCAACUCAGCCCUCAUCUACAGCAACGUGGGAGAGCUGCGGGCCCACCUCGUCCCCCGCAAGGCCAGCCGAGGGGAAGGAGCCGGGAGACCCCCCUCUCAGCCCAGCUGGGACCCCCUGCCUCCCCCACUGCCGAAAAAGCAGCUCCAGCGAGCAGAGUCCCUCCCGGAGCCGAGGCAAUCCCGACACUCUCGGGGUGACCCCACACCAUGGGCCGGCAGCACCUUCUACAGCCUCCCACCCCCUCAUCCACCACAGGAAGAGGGGGCUCCCAACUCCAUCCCCCCCCGGGACAGACCCUCCUGGGGAUCCAAGAAGCUCCUGACCAAAUCCCAAAGCCUGGGGGAACCGGGGGCCCGGAGCAGCCCAUCACCCAUCCCGGCGGAGGUGACAUUCGGGACGGCGGACGGGGAGCUGGGGCAGCUCCUGGAGAACCCAUCGGGGGUGUGUGGGGUGGUGUUGGGGUGCCAAGCGGCCACCCUGGCCCGGCUCUCAGCUCGUCUCCAGGAGAAGCUCCUGGGGUCAGAGGAAUGGCAGAGGCAGCUGGAGGCAGAGCUGGCCGGGAAGAGCUGGGCCGGGCUGAGGGUCCUGCAGCGGGAGCCCUGCCUCCAAAGCGGGGACGCCUGGUACUUCCCGGUGGGCUUCACCUUCGAGCAGAACCAGCUGGUGCUGGCGGCCAAGGUCCCCAAGCCGUGCUGCACCAGCCUGGGGGUGCAGAGCUCCUUUGGGGUCCACUGCAGCAUCCAGCGCCUGAUCGGACGCUUCAAUGACCACCUCCCGUGGGAGCUGGUGCUCCCGGGAAACCCUGAGGAGCAGAGUCAGUCCCCCUCCAAAGAGGAGCCAGCGUGUCUUGCCACCUGCCCUGUCCUGCAGGUCCUCAUUUCUCCCGAGGUUCCCUACCAGACCCUGGCAGGUUUUGUGAAGGGAUCCCACGGUUUGCACCGGGCCAGCCCUGGGCACUACGAACGCCUGGCUUGUCUCCUCCUCCUGCAGGUGUGCAUGGGGCUGGAGCACCUCCGGGUGCAGAAUGUGGGGCAGGGGGACCUCUGCCCUGAGAACCUGCUGCUGGUGCAGUGCCCUCCCCAGAGCCAGCAAGGCAAGGAGGUAUCUCUGGGGCUGUCCCUUCCAAGGCUGCUCAUCAGCAGCUUCUUCAAGGUUAAAGCCAAGCAAAGACCAUGUUCUACCAGCCAAGAGCAGGACUGGACCAAGGGGCUUGCUGCACCACCCUCCCCAGUGGCAGAUGAGCUGCAUGUGGGCAUGCUGAUCUACCAGAUCUUGCAUGUGGACAUCUCUCUGGAGAACGCCUUGGGGUUCAGAAGCAAUAGACUCCCUGAAAUCCCCUCCCUGUCCAUCUAUUCCAUGGGACUCAAGCGUCUGGCCAUGCUGCUUCUCCACAGAGAUCCCUGCAAGAGGGUCUCCAUCGAGCAGGCAAGGAGCAUCCUGCAGGUCCUGCUCUGGGGGCCUCGUCAGGAGCUCUUCGCCAGGAGCAAGAAGACCCUCAUCCUGCUCCGGAGCUGGGUGGAGAUGAAGAGGGCUCUGCUGCUCCUGAAGUUUGCUGAGAAUUCAGCUGGGGCAGUGGGGAGUCCUGGCCUCGAGGAGUGGUUGUGCUGCCAGUACUUCCAGGAGGUCACCGAACACACACUCUACCAGGUCACCCAAGUUCUCUACACCCCCUGAAGGCCAAGCUGAAGUUCAGCCCACCCAAAAGGUCUCCUCCAAGCCAAGAGCCCACGAGGACACGGCCAAAUCCUGGAGCCCAGCUCACAGGGAGCCUAAGCUGGUCCUGGCUGGGAGAACUCCAUUUGCAAACCCAAACCCUCCUCUCCCACAGUGUGUGAAGGAUGAAGCUGGGACCAAACUCCCACCUACGGCUCCCACGGCACGGGCUGUGUUUCUACACCCUUGGAUGAUUUUUGUUUGAUACCACGAGUCCGGUUUGUCGGAGCACCUCAGGAAAGAUGCUGGGUGGAAGCCACAGGAUCAAGCACAGAUUUUAGUGGCUGAUUAAUCCCGAGCAAGUGGUGGAAAGCCCCACGUGACAGCUCACCUUAACACACCACAACCAAAGGAGAAAUACAACCCCCCGUACGGCCGGCGCUCUUCAGAGAGCGUUUGUGGCGCAGUCACAAAUAUAAGUGACAUUUUAAAGGGGGAAAUACAGCAGCCACACAGCUUCAAUAAAACCCAG